AUGGUGAGUGUGAGUCAAUUGAGUAACAAAGGAACUAAAGAUUGGAGGCAUCUAGGUGAUAAGUUAAAGAAUCACGAAACAAGUAAUGAUCACAUACUUAACAUGAGUGCUUGGAUUGACUUAGAAUUGAGACAAUCGAAAAACAAAACAAUUGAUAAAGAUGCUCAAGAAAGACUUAAUAAAGAGAAAGAGCAUUGGAGGAAUGUUUUAGUAAGAAUAAUUGCAAUUGUCAAAAAUUUAGCUAAAAAUAAUUCGGCCUUUCGAGGAUGUAAUGAAAAGAUCUAUCAAGAAAAUAAUGGAAAUUUUUUAAGCUUAAUUGAAAUGAUUGCUGAAUUUGAUCCAAUAAUGCAAGAACAUGUUCGACGUAUUCAAAAUAGUGAAAUUCAUAAUCAUUAUUUGGGACAUAAUAUUCAAAAUGAGUUGAUACAAUUGUUGGCAAGUGAAGUGAAAAAUACAAUUUUAAAAAAGAUCAAAGAAGCUAAAUAUUUUUCAGUUUUACUUGAUUGUACUCCUGAUGUAAGUCAUCAAGAACAAAUGUCUCUCAUAUUGAGGUGUGUUGAUAUUUCAUCUAAUCCAAUAAGAGUAGAAGAAUAUUUUUUGGGAUUUUUGAAUGUGGAGGAUACUUCGGGGAAAGGUCUUUUUGAUGAACUUACAAAAGAAAUUGAAAAUUUGAAACUUGACAUUAAUGAUAUACGAGGGCAAGGGUAUGAUAAUGGAUCUAACAUGAAAGGAAAGUACAAAGGUGUACAAAAAAGAUUAUUAGAUAUAAAUCCUCGAGCAUUAUAUACACCUUGUGGUUGUCAUAAUCUUAAUUUAGUGAUUUGUGAUGUUGCUAAUUCUUGUGUUAAAGCUAUAUCAUUUUUUGGUGUUUUACAACGCAUAUAUUCAUUAUUCUCUUCUUCAACCAAACGAUGGACAAUAUUGAAAAAUAAUAUAACUAAUUUGACUGUGAAAUCAUUGUCUCAAACUCGUUGGGAAAGUCAAAUUGAAAGUGUUAAGGCAAUUAUAUCACAAACUCCAAACAUAAGAGAUGCUUUGUUUGAACUUGCAGAAAUAAGUGAAGAUCCAAAAAUAAAAAGUGAAGCUACAAGUCUAGUAAAUUAUGAAUUAGAGAAUUUUGAAUUUUUAUUAGGCAUGACCAUUUGGUAUGACAUUUUAUUUCCUAUAAAUUCAAUAAGUAAACAUUUACAAAGUAAAAACAUGGACAUUGACAAGGCUAUACAAGAUUUAAAUGGUCUCAUUUCUUAUUUUGAAGAUUAUAGGGAAAAUGGAUUUGUAACUGCUAUGAAUUCAACUAAGAAAAUUGCAAGUGAGAUGGGAAUAGAGCCUAAAUUUUCUGAAAAGCGAUUAAUUCGUAGGAAAAAGCAAUUUGAUGAAAAUGUUGAUGUUGAUCAUGAAGAAACUGAAAGCAUUGGAUGA